AUGGCAUGGUUCACAGACCUGUUUUUGAGUACCCUUGGGUACGAUAAUAAGGAAGCCUUUUAUGAUGGUGCAGUGUUACCCCCUACCAGUCCCCCGUGGCUGACGUGGUACUACGGACCUCUGCGUUCUUCGAUAGGGCACGACACAUUACGAUUGUCUCAAUCGAAAGCCGUCCAAGGCCAGAAAGCCGCUGUCCUUCAGUCCCGUGUGCGCACGACAGUCGAGACCACGCCAGUCCUUCGAAGACCUGUUUUUGAGUACCCUUGGGGCACGACACAUCACGAUAAUCUCAAUCGAAAGCCGUCCACGAAUCCACGACCAGGGAAACUGCCGCCCGCCAGAGACCAGGCACGCACGUGGGUCGAGACCACGCCAGUCCUUCGAAGGUACAAUGAUAUGGCCGCCUUUUAUGAUGGUGCAGUGUUACCCCCUAUCAGUCCCCCGUGGCUGACGUGGUACAACGGACCUCUGCGUUCAACAGGUGCACGACACAUCACGGCCUCUCCGGCCGCAAUCCACGACCAGGGAGACUGCCGCCCGCCAGAGACCAGGCACGCACGUGGGUCGAGACCACGCCAGUCCUUCGAAGGUGCACGACACAUCACGGCCUCCCCGGCCGCAAGCCAUGCACCAGGAACACAAGCGAGCAACACAGCCGGACAACACAAAGCCGUCCGGAAUGCUGCAGUUGCUGUGGCAUCUGAACUUCUCAAGAGUCUUGGCGGCAAGAUCCCUGGAUUCUUCCAUCAGGAUCGGCAUCUGAUUUUUGACGAUGCAGACUUUUCCGGAUCCUCUUCCGCGGCACAAACUCGAGACGACACAUCACGACCUUCCCGGUCGACAGCCGUUCGUUAUGGACCGAUGGCGUUCGAAGGCGCAUGCGCACAACCAGACACGGGGCGGUUGCGUCGCACGCGCCGUCGAGUUCGGAGACGCUCAAAGACGGGUGUCUUUGGCGAAGUUGGAGGUUGA